AUGGAAAAUAUCUACAAGAACACCACUUCACCCAUUGAAGACUACUAUGAUACAAUCUUCCCUGAACAGAACUACGAAAAGAUUUAUUAUAUUAUGUAUGUUUGUACAUGCAUAAUCAUCUCUAUUGGCCUCCCCUUGACUCUGUUGACCAUCUAUGCUCUUUACUCUCUGGUAGGUACAAAAUGACUUCACUCAUUUACUGUCUCUGUCAUGUUUCUGUGAAAAAGUGUGUCCAUCUAUCUAUUGAAAAUGAAGUAAAAAAUGCAGUUUUAUAUGUAUUAUAUAAUCGAGGAAAGCUGACAGCCCAGUUGUUGAAGGAGGCAAACACCCUCACUUCAAACUUCCCUUUUGAGAUAUAGAGCUGAUAGUUAGGGCUGCUGAGGCUUGAGCCAGCUCUUAGUUGUGCCGCUAUACGCUAAGACCGCAGGGAUAACCGGCACUGAGCUCCUGUCUUUCCCCCUCUCUCCUCAGGUGAGCAGGACUGUAGACAAUCUUAUUUACAUGAAAUAACAGGUCCUUCAUUCACAUAUGAAGCACAGGUAGCUGUGUGUGCAACCACACACAUUCACAUAUACAAAGGAGGGAAAACUUGUUCUGUUAUUUGAUCAAUGAAACCAUCAGUAUAUCUACAUGCACAGCUAAGUCAAGUUACAGUCAUAGCUCAAUCAGGCCAUUUAACUGGACUUCUGUCCUUGUUCCAGUCCACAUGCACUAGACAAAAAUUGAACUAUUGACAGAAGCAUGACCAUGUACAUGAUUGUAGGUGAAACCCUCCUUCUACUGUUAAAAACAAGUUGUCAGACAAACAAAAAAUGUCCCUUUUACAGCCCUGUACCAUUUGUUUGUACAAGAGGAAAGUGUUGUCUUUUUACUUUCUUUCUUCAUCUGUGGAAGUUUUAGUUUACUGCACAGCUUCACAGGAAGGAAGCGCCGCGCGCUUGGCUGUUCACACAGGAAGCGCUUUCUGCUGCGCUCUAACAUGCCGGUCAGACAUCGACUGAGCCCGGUAGUGCUCGGCCGUUUCCGUCUGCCCUCAGUUUUCCACACUUACGAGCGCUUUAAAAAUGGGUAAAUCACUAUUUAUUUACGUUUUUAUUUCGUCAUACAUAAAUUAAAUGUGACAGCAUCUUCAAGUAUUGUUUUAAAAAAUUAUAAAGGGGUAAACGACGAACAAAUUGGGGAGUCUGUUGACUCCGUUGUGUGUAUAGCCUUGUUAGCUCGAGGCUAUUGACUGUCUCGUAAUAAAGUUGUCGUCCCCCCCCUUUGUCUCAAUAACAUCACUGAAUCUCUGCAGCUCUCCCUCCGUGUGUGUUUGUGUGUGUGUGUGUGUGUGUGUGUUCAUCGGUAAAAAAAAAUAGACCGACAAGCAACACCGUCAAUCCUUUUCUAAUUUAUUGAAAUUUACUUUAUUUUGAAAAUUGACUGGAUUCUCUCGCAUCUCCUUCCUGACUUCCUGUCUGGUCCGAUCUGCUCUGUUGAGCUUUACAUCGGCGCGCGCGGCUCGCGCCAAAAAAAGAGAGAAGCGGAGCAGCCGCGCUCCAGAGCGCGAGCCGUUCCGCGCGCGGCGCUUCCAGUGUGAACCAGGCGUUACACAUCUGCUGAGUGCACAAAAUCUGUUGGUCAGUUUCAGUCUGACUGAGUCGUAUAAAUGAUGGAGAAAAUCGAUCCCCAACUGCAUCAUUCAGGUCUGUUAGUAUGACUAUCAAAAUUUUUAUUUAGUUUUAACUCAGUCAGACUCAUAUGUAAUAUAUUUGGUCAGAUUAUAGAUAAACAGAUUUUUUUUUUUCCAUGUAAAGGUACUGUAUGUAACAGUUAUAUGCACAUUGUUUUUCCCAUAUCACAGGAUGCUUUUGGGUGUUAAAACAGUUUUCGGGGUUGGUCUUAUCAGGACACAAUCUUGUUUGCAUCAUAAACUGAUGUGAACAAGAUUGCUGAAACCCAUUAAGUGACACAAACAUUCAGAAAACUUGAAAGGAUAUGGUUCUUCACAGAUGACACUUAACUAUACCUACUACUGAAACCAGGAGAUACCAACAGAUUAACUUUACUUGAAGCACAUCUAAAAGAAAUUAAGAUGUGGUUGAUCAUAAACUUUUGCUACUCGUUUCUGACAAAACUUCGUAGUAUGGAAAAACCUAGAAGUUAUCUCACCAAGAUCAAAUCCAGCUUCGUAGUACAGGCCUCAGGUGUAAAACAUUACAGAGAUCCGCUUCAGCUGGAGAGGAGCACAUAUGAGGGUGGAGGGCCAGAAGUAAACUGUGGUUUGCCAGAGGACGUGACACCGAAGGCACAGGAGAAAAUAUUUGCUGCAUCCUAACAUUUUUAAAAAAUUUAAUAAAGCUUACCUGCAUCCAAUAUGUUUUGUGAUGGUGUUUGUUCCAUCUCAAAGAGUCACAAUAUUCCAAAAAAAAUGUACAUAACAGCACAAGAUGUCAUAAUUGUUAAAGGUCUCCCAUUAUGGCAUUUUUUUAAUCAAGUUUAAAUCGGUCCCAGAGGUCCCACAAUAGUAAAUUUGAAGUUUGUUGUCUGAAACACCAGUUUGUUUGUGGAUAUCAGCCAGCCUGUACCCCCUUCUUUUUUAACUCAACUGAGAAUGGGCUGAUUCUGCGCCUGUACCUUUAAAUGAUAAUGAGCUGUGUGUAAGCAUGCUCUCCCUCCCCAAGGCCACUCUGAGCUGCAGGUUCUAUGCUGUUGAAUAUAGAGGUGUACUUAGGUAUAUAAACUGUACAGUAAGCUGUCAAGGUAGAGAGCAUUAUAUUUUCGGCACAGCAAAUAUUCUGAAUCAGAGGGCUAUUGUUUUGGGCUUAUCUGAAUAGCCUAAAUGAAGGUCCAGGAGUGGUGGUCUGGAGAUCUUCCGAGAACCUCUUCAGAGGGCCUCCAGACCACCGUGGCUGGAAGCACCAGCCUGCCUCCGCGCCCCAGAGGAACACAUGCUGCUCACGGGAAUAAAAAUAAAUAGAAGCGAGUCUGAAGACGAAUACAAACAAUGGUAAACUAUCAGUGUAUCAUUCGUUCAUUCCAUAUCCGUUUUAGAAUCCAAAAUCGGAAAACGAAUAACAACAUGUUAUUUCGUUUCUCGUUUUCAAAUCGAAAUUCGGAAAACAAAUAAUGGCCUAUUUUUCGCUGUUUUGAUUUUGUUUUGAAAUUAAUAAUAGAAUAUGAGAGAAUGGAAUAAUCAUGGGGUAUUUGUUCUAUUCGUUUUUGAUUUGUAUCAUUUUCGAUGUGUUGUCUAUUUUAAAUUUAGUAAAUGUUUAGUUAAGAUAGUAAAAACACGUGAUUGCAGCCAAAGCACUUGUCAUACGGGCAGCAGUAAAGCAACAUAAAAUGGUAAAACUUACAGCUUCCACGUUUGACGUUAGGUCCCUGAGACAGACAUUCAGUAGGAAUCCAGGUUUUAUCUUCAGCUUCUUAGCAAAUCCUGCUUUGAACUGCCUCUCGUUGGUUAAACAGUCCAUGGUUAAAUGGUUAGCACUCACAAACAACAUUUUUGUUGACGAACAAAGAUAAUCGGGGGCAGUGCCACCAACACAAAGGAGGGGCUUAUGCGGUUAUGUCGUCAUAAGCUUUUCAAUCCGCCUGUUUGCGCUCAUUUUCAGAGAGGAGAGGAAAGCAAGAGAGGGAGAGAAUAAAAUUUUGUUCAUGUCGAGGAGGUUGUUGUCUUGCAGGGGAUGCAUAUUAUUGGUAGAAAAUCGCCCAAAAGUGAUUUUUUCAUAAUAUUGGACCUUUAAAGGAUGAUUUAACAAUUGUUUAUUUACCUUUCUUGUAGGUGACAAAGGAUCAUGUUUCGCCAAUCUACAUCAUCAACCUUCUCAUUUCAGACAUCAUGCAGUUCUCAAUCAUGAUCGUGUGGGUCUUUGGCCCCAUGGGAGGAAUGACAGGAAUGGCUUAUUACUUCAUUGAUAGAAUCUAUGAGUGUGGACUAGUGACCAGUGUUUGCUUCAUGGUGUGUGUCUCUCUGGAAAGGUAACUAUCUAAAGUUUACAUGUGCACUACUUCAGUGUUUGAAAGUUAUGUUCUUUUAUUUUCCUGCACUUCCUCAGAGACUGCAUGUCUUUCUCAAAUUGCAGGUACUUGGUCAUCGUCCACCCACUGUGGUACCGCUACAAACACACUAUAAAGACUUCUGUGGUGGUCUGUGUCAUGGUCUGGGUCAUAAAUCUUGUCUUCACCUUUGCUGUGUUCUCCUGGGUUGAUGAAUCAGUCACAAGACUCACCUUUUCCAUUUUCCUCCUCCUUCCUUUUCCACUGUUUAUAUUCUUCCUGGUCAGAACCCUUAAAGCCCUCUCUGCCUCUGUCUCUGUCAAUUCUGCAGAAAAACAAAGAAUUGUGGGAAUUUUGGUCUCUGUGCUGGUCAUUUACACACUUCUGUUUCUGCCUAUCACCAUUAUGUUUCUUGUAGAGGAGGCUGGAUUUUACAGUUUUUUAGCACGUAGCCUGUGUAAUUUAUUAAUACAGUUGAGUCCUCUUGCAGACUUAGUUCUGUAUAUUUUCAUUAGAAAGGCCACCAUGGGCAAGCUGUUGGCCUCUGUGUGUUGUUGCAAAGAGGAGAGCAAUGACAGUCACACAUCUGCAGUGAGUGUUGGCAAUGUGGUCCCACCAGAGGGCGCUGCUGUGCAAGAAAUGACUGUAGGAGUUUCUGUUUCACACACUAUUACACCACUGAUGGAGAACGUUUAA